GAUUUGGCGUAUGAAGUGUAUACCGUAGAAGGCGUUGUUAGUGAAUUGAAGUGCCCGAAAACGCGUCAUUUUAUUGAAAAUCUUCUUGUUGACCUCAUCAUUCGAGAACCAUCUGCUGAGUCACUUCGGAUUAUGACAGAAGUUUCGAAGAAAACUGGUGACUAUCCAUCGCUAUCAGCUGUGGAUUUAAAAGUAAUUGCGCUGUUGCACGAUUUACAUGUAGAAGAAUAUGGCAAAGAGAGUUUGAACUACGAUUGCCCAGUCAAAAACAGCAAUGCCCAGCAAUUAGCGGGCGAAAAACAAAAAGAUACGGAUGCCGUGGUUGAUAAGAGUGCAGUUGAUGACCUGAAAAUGCCGUCGAUAACGGAAAAAAUGGAGGAAGGUACGGAAGAUGACAAAGAUAACGCCGAUAGUGAUAACGAUGAUAAUGAGAGCAGUGGCAGUAGUAGUGAUGCUGGAACGUGGUUGAAUGAAGAAAACGUAGAUGAAAUUUUGGGGCACAUUGGUGAGGUAGCAGUGCCCGAAAGAAAUAUGAAGGUAGCUUGCAUAACGACCGAUUUUGCCAUGCAGAACGUACUGCUUCGUUUGGGCCUCAAUCUGUUGAGUAUUGACGGAUACAGAAUACGGCAGCUGAAAUCAUACAUUUUGAGGUAG